AUGUUCAGAUCAGCCAUUUGUCUCGCACUGGCGACGUUAGGACGUGCACAGUGGGCCUUCACAGUACCAGAUGGAGACCUAGGGGAGGUAGCGCCAUUAAACGACGUCCGACAAGGCGACAUUCACAACUUCAAGUGGCAAGUUGGCCUGGACAACCAGCCUGUAGCGGUACUAGACAACGACGGCCAUGCUUCGCUCUGGAUCACAUCCGGGCUCGAUCAUAGUUUUAGCAGACUUCUUGCUGCAAACAUCGACUCCUCUACAGGAGGAACUUGGGCUUGGGAUACUGGCACUCUUUCGGACGACGUUAUUGAUUCAUGCCAAGGAGUGUUCAUAUAUCGCAUUGAGCGGCCAGUGAGCUCUGAAGCAGCGACUUACGAUUGGGACACGGAUCUGUCGGUCUCGUCAGUUAGUUUCCGCAUCCGGAAGAGAUCAGACCUGGGAACGACGCAAUCAGCUCCGACUACAACUGAAGCACAGGAGCCUAUAAUACAGACUACAUUUGUUACCCAGACUACCGUUGCAACGUCCUUCGCUGUGGAGACAACGGAGAAUACGGACUCGUCCACGACGGAAUCCACAAUAGUAGACCCUACGACGACCUCUGAGCAAACAGGCACGUCGACCACGGCAGCAUCAAAUCCGACAGACACUACCACCACAGCAAGAUUACACGCUAACCUUGUGCUCGCGAAUUCACAGGCAGGCAUCGGCAUCGGCGCUGUCGCAGCAGUUGCUUUGAUCGCCAUCGCAGGCAUCCUCCUCUAUCGCCGGCCACGUAAAGGUAGAGGUGCGCCGGCACAGAUCGAAGGAGCUGGUGGAACCACCCCGGAAGAGAAACCGCACAUCAUGCCUACGCAGCAGCGCGAGUACAAUGGAAGUGGAUGGGCAGACUAUCCGGAGGUGGCGCAGCAGCAGCAGUACCCGGGUGCAUCCAGGGCGGAAAUGACCGGUGAGGGUUAUGGGUAUGGACGACAUGAACUAACCGGAGAACGGUAG